AUGUGAUUUAAAUGGCAAUACGACUCAUCAAGAAAAACCUCAGGCUGACACGGAAUAUCAUUUUUGCCUUCCAAAUUGGCAAAGCGAAAGCAAAGGUAACGACAACGGAACGCAACAUUGUUGGGUGAUUCAUGAAGAAUGUUUCUUCGUUCUCUCUUGCCAAAAUAAAAGCCCAAACAAUGCAAUAGCCGAAGAA